UCAGGGCGUUGUGGCCCCAAGUUUACUACAUGCAGUCUCGAUUGUUGGGGGAGCCUAGCCUUCUGCACAAGCAACACUUCCGGUAGCGUGAGUCUUUCCGGGCUAGAGGUCACAAUGGCUUCCGCCUUGGCUCGGUUUGGUCUCCGGUCCGUUAAGCAAGUUAGAGUUCAGUUCUGUCCUUUCGAGAAGAACGUGGAGUCCACGAGAACCUUCCUUCAGGCGGUGAGCAGCGAGAAAGUCCGUUCCACCAAUCUCAACUGCUCGGUGAUUGCCGACGUGAGACACGACGGUUCCGAGCCCUGCGUGGACGUGCUAUUUGGAGAUGGGCAUCGCCUGAUGAUGCGCGGCGCCCACCUCACCGCCCUGGAAAUGCUCACUGCCUUUGCCUCCCACAUCCAGGCCAGGGACUUGGCGGGGAGUGGGGAUAAACCUGGCGCUGAUACCGGACGCUGAGGGCGCCCAAGAGGCCAACAAGCAGAUUUUAGCCUGGACUAGGACAUUUAACUCUUCUUUAAGAAGAGCUUGACUUAAUUAUUCAAAUCACUGUCUGGAGGGCUACCGAGUGCAAAACAACAAUAAAAACCGCGAGGGAUGUGGAC